GCAGCGGAUGAAAACAAACAGCGGCGAUGGCGGUGGUGGCGGUGCGGCGCAGCCCGCGGUUCUGAGAGCAGCAGCGGCAGCCCCGGCCCGGCACCCGGCCGCACACCCCCGCCGGCGCUGAACUCUUGGCGAGACCCCGGGGCCGGCACCGAGGAGAAGGGGCGCUGGCCGGAGCCCCGCGGCGGCCGCGGCGCUUGGAGGCGGCGGUCGCGGUCCCGGGGCCGCGCAGCCCCCCCGUGGCCGGGGCGCGGCGGGUGAACGGGGCCCCCGCGCGGGAUGAGCCGCCGCGCCGCCAGCACUGCCGGCCCCGCGCAGCUCCCUGAAAGGAAACCUUGGCCCAUACUUUCUGCUCUACUUCAGGCUCUGAUUGCCAUAUGCAAUGGACACUGAUCUCAGUUCCCAGGACAGGAAGGACCUGGACAAGUUCAUCAAAUUUUUUGCUUUAAAGACGGUACAAGUAAUUGUCCAGGCCCGACUUGGAGAGAAAAUCUGUACCCGAUCAUCAUCCUCCCCAACAGGUUCUGACUGGUUCAAUUUGGCAAUCAAAGAUAUACCAGAGGUUACUCAUGAAGCAAAGAAAGCCCUGGCAGGACAGCUACCUGCUGUUGGACGGUCUAUGUGCGUGGAGAUUUCUCUCAAAACCUCAGAGGGGGACUCCAUGGAGCUGGAAAUUUGGUGUCUAGAAAUGAAUGAAAAGUGUGACAAAGAAAUCAAAGUUUCAUACACUGUAUACAACAGGCUGUCUCUGUUGCUGAAGUCUUUGCUUGCUAUAACCAGGGUAACUCCAGCCUACAGACUUUCAAGGAAACAAGGCCAUGAAUAUGUAAUAUUGUACAGGAUAUAUUUUGGUGAAGUGCAACUGAGUGGCUUGGGAGAAGGUUUCCAGACAGUCCGUGUUGGGACAGUGGGUACCCCAGUGGGCACUAUCACUUUGUCUUGUGCCUACAGAAUCAACCUUGCUUUCAUGUCAACCAGACAGUUUGAGAGGACCCCUCCUAUCAUGGGGAUUAUAAUUGAUCACUUUGUGGACCGUCCCUAUCCCAGCUCUUCACCCAUGCAUCCCUGCAAUUACAGAGCUGGUGAGGACAAUGGUGCAGUAUACCCCUCAGUAGAAGAUUCCCAAGAAGUGUGUACCACAUCUUUUUCCACCUCUCCUCCAUCUCAGUGUAUUUUUACUGUCACAAAGGCACAUUUUCAGACCCCUCCUCCUGUGGUGACGGACACCUUGAAGGUCCCAGUGAUGGGACUGGCCUUUUCACAUCAACUUUCCAGCUCUCGUCUUUCCUAUCAGCCUGCUGCCCUGGGAGUUGGAUCAGCUGACAUGGGGUAUCCUGUACUCUUUGCUGGUGGCUUGCAUGCUGCACACCCUCACCAGUUGAUUGGUCCAGGCAAAGAGGGGGGAGUUCCCCCAAUUCCUAGCCAGCCAGCACAUGGCACUCAAGCUGACCAAGAGAGGAUGUGCACCCCACUGGAUGGAGUCCACUACUCAGCAGCUACUCCUUCUAGUAGUGAGGACACAGAAACAGUAUCAAACAGCAGUGAAGGAAAGUGUGGCUCCCCACAUGACCUUUUGGAAACCAUCUUUGUCCGGAAGGUGGGAGCUUUUGUCAACAAACCCAUUAACCAGGUGACCAUGGCCAACUUAGACAUUCCUUUUGCCAUGUUUGCUCCCAAGAAUGUUGAGCUGGAAGAUAACGACCCCAUGGUCAAUCCUCCUGACUCCCCAGAAACUGAAUCUCCUCUACAAGGCAGCUUACACUCAGAGGGCUCCAGUGGCAGCAGCACAGGGAACACCCAUGAUGACUUUGUUAUGAUCGACUUUAAACCAGCAUUUUCAAAAGAUGACAUUCUUCCAAUGGACCUGGGGACGUUUUACCGUGAGUUUCAGAACCCCCCUCAACUCAGCAGCCUCUCCAUUGACAUUGGAGCGCAAUCCAUGGCAGAGGAUUUGGACUCAUUACCAGAGAAGCUGGCAGUCCACGAGAAAAACGUCAAAGAAUUUGAUGCUUUUGUAGAAACCUUGCAGUGAAGCCAUUUCCUAGUUUUGCUGCAGCAGUUCUUCCUCCUCAAGGCAUCCUGGAGAUGACAUCAACAACUAUCUCUAUCGCCCCUGCUCUGCCUUUUGUCUCACGUUGACUAGUUCCUUCCAUCAAGUGAGCUUUCUUUGAUUGCUCUCUUCAAUGGCAGAUACAGCUCAUCUGCUGAUUUUCCUCAACUUUUCCACCCUAUAGUUCUGGACCGCUUUUCCUGCUCACAGUCAGUUUUGAAUUUAAGACUUCAGUAGGGACAAGGAAGUCAAACUCCAGUGUAUGAAAAUUAUUUUUUCCUCAGUCUGUGUUCUAUGUGGAGGGGCUUUGUGAAAAGCUGCCAUAAGCUUCCUCCAAGGGUCUUCUGGUGUAAGUUCCCUAGGUAGAGCUUCUUGCUAACAGACUUUUUCCUACAGUCUCCGAUCCCGUUAGAGCAUAGAAAGCUUUUGCUUAUUUCCAGGGUCUGUGAGUUCAGCAGAUUCAACAGCUUUCAGUCCAGGACAUCCAUUCCACACAACGGGGCAUUUCAUCCUGACUUCAGUGUGCGUGCCUGGAGCCCAGGGAGAGAAGUCAGCUUUGGGACCUGUGUAACACAAGUUACCUUUGUUUUCCUGCUUCCAAGGAACUGGGUCUCUACGCAGUGGUUUUGUGCCAGGUCCUCUGUUAGGUGGCUGAUCAGCCGGAGUGAAACUGCAGAAGCGCUUUCCACAUUUCCUUCCCGAGUGCACUGACAUUUGGCCAUGCUGAGUUCAACAGUGUUGACUGUUGGCAAACCUGCAGGUAGCAGCUGUGAUGAUGCUGAAUUCAUAGUCUCUGCUUCUGAAACGUAACUGUAAAUACUAGGAAUCCUAUUUCUUUAGGGUUAUGUAACUAGGAGUCUUAGUCCAAGAUUCUUUCCUCUAAUCCUUGCAAACCUUCCUGCUUUAUGGUUAAUAGAAGAACUUAAGAAUCAAAAAUAUUUAUUGCUUUUAAAGAAACCUAUAUUUAAAAGAUGUUCUGUUUUCAUGUAGUAGUGCGGGUCAUUCUGCCCUGGAUCACUGCCAAGAGCAAGUGUGCCAUGGAACCCUGGCCAGUGAGACUGGUCUCUCUUUGCAGGAAAAUAUCCAAGAUAUUUAUUUUCUAAGACAGACUUGAUUAAUAUUAUACUCUGUUUUGGGGACUGUGUGUCCAUUACAGCGAGUCAGGGCCCAUUGAUAGAAUGAAAUGCACACAUCAGUGGAGUGGAGCGGCAGGGACUUGCUAAAAAGCUGUUUUCUGAUAGGCAUGGAUGAAUUUACAGUGAUCUUCAGUCAUUCAGAAGGCAGCUUCUUCAAAGAAGCACAUUUUUGGGGAAGCUUAUGGUACUUUUUAAUCAGCUGGCUUUUGAGUAGCUGAAAUUUUAUUUUUGUAAUGAUCUGGUCAUCGACAGUGUGACUGGUUGGCAGUGCUCUAUGGUUGAUUUGGCUGCUGUCUUUUGCCCGAUGUAAGGAUGGGAGGAGAAAUGGUGACACUAAACAGAAGCUUGGAUAAGGUGAAUUUUCUUAUGGUUCUCUCUCCUCCUCCUAUGUGUUGCAAGACCCCUUACUGUCCUAAAACACUUUUUCUUUCUUUCUCCAGAAGUGAGGUUGUAUUGCCUCAGUACCAAGGAACCAUCUUAAUUUCCUCAGUGUCCAAGUAACCAGCCUUCUACUUAGUGCUGUGUGGCAGCUUCUUCAGCUCUACUGCAUGCAUAGUUGAAAGAUAUUGCCUGCAGCUGACAGGGUAACCCCAGCUCCUCUACAGAACACUAUUUCUGUGCCACUGGUAGAGCAAGGAGCCAAGUUCAGAAUAGAGCUGAUUGUAAGGUCAGAGCAAUGCAAUGCUUUGAAUUUUCCCCACUUUUUUGUUGAGUGUUGUGUUUGGUGGGAGGCCAUGUGAGCUCUAGAACUCUAGGUAAGAGCCUUAUUGAAGAAAAGUUACCCACCAGAACCUUUUUAGCUUACUCAACCAAUUCAACUUUUCAGCAACCUCACAUGGAAAUUGCCUUGUCCGUGCAAAGUAAAAUGCAUAAACAUUUAAGAAAACUUCAAAGAUAAACAGUUCAUAAGAGGGCUUAAGUUACAUGGGCUUUAAUAAAUAUUGGAUCCCCACAGCCAGAGCCGCCUUGUUUCACGGGUGGAAAGGGUUGCAGAAGGAUUGCAUUAACACGAGGAAUUAAUAGAUCAGCUGGCUCUCAUCUUUGCUCAGGAAGCUGGUCUGCCAACUUGUAGUAAAUAGCUCAGACAGGUGCUUGUCACCUUUCUCUAGUGAUACUAUGGGCUGCAGAGCAGCAGAGAGGAGGCAAAGUGCUAGUUCACACUGUAUGAAUGGAGAAGAAUAGUCAAGGUUGAACUUCACCUAGCCAGCACUCUUGCUGUGCUCUUCUUCCACCGACAAGCUGUGGAGCUGGCAGAGCAUGCCAUUCUUGCUAAUCCCAUCUAGAAGGUCAGUGCUAUUACUUGUGCUCAUUUGCUGAUGUAGUUCCUAACAUGGCUACAGCUCCCACAUCUCAUAAGGCAGAAUAUCGGUGUGGCACGGUUUUUUUCUAUUUCAAAAGGCUGGACAAUUGCCUAUAUAAGCUGCUAGUGUUGAGCUGGAUGGCCAUAGCAAUAAGAGAUUCUCCAGGGCUGAGUUAGGUGCCUCUUCUCUGGACAUUCCUCAGUUUCAACACAUAGUUGCUACAUCUAGGCUCUGAGUUUCCUGACCACUGCACAAAUGCUCUGCUUCAGGAAAGAUCUAGCUACUGCUGUGGCCUGCCACAGGUUGUGUUAUGAAGGCUGUUUAUUUUAGCAGCUGUCUGCUUGAUUCGAUAUUAAGGACAGUAUAUAUGUAGCUGCUGAUUUACAGAUACUUUGGGUGGAGGGGAAGGCUCCUCAAAUUGUAUUGUUUUGGAAAGUCUCCAGUGUACUUCAAGUAUUCACAGAAUUUCCAAUAAAACUUCUACGUAAGCAACA